CUCUCGACACGCGCGCCCCGCCCCUCUCUUCAGAGCUACGCGGCGGCUGAGCGGAGGCCUCGUGCCGUAACGGCCAUCGCGGCGGCCGCGGCGGCGUCCCGGUGCCCUCCUCAGUGCAGAAGCUGCUGAAAAAUGGCAGAAGAAGUGGUGGUAGUAGCCAAAUUUGAUUAUGUGGCCCAACAAGAACAAGAGCUGGACAUCAAGAAGAAUGAGAGAUUGUGGCUUCUGGAUGAUUCUAAGUCCUGGUGGCGAGUUCGAAAUUCCAUGAAUAAAACGGGUUUUGUGCCUUCUAACUACGUGGAAAGGAAAAACAGUGCUCGGAAAGCAUCGAUUGUAAAAAACCUAAAGGAUACGUUAGGCAUUGGAAAAGUGAAAAGAAAACCUAGUGUGCCAGAUUCUGCAUCUCCUGCUGAUGAUAGCUUUGUUGACCCAGGGGAACGUCUGUAUGACCUCAACAUGCCUGCUUAUGUAAAAUUUAACUACAUGGCAGAGAGAGAGGAUGAAUUGUCAUUGAUAAAAGGGACAAAGGUGAUCGUCAUGGAGAAAUGCAGUGAUGGGUGGUGGCGGGGUAGCUACAAUGGACAUGUUGGAUGGUUCCCUUCAAACUAUGUGACUGAGGAAGGCGACAGUCCUUUGGGUGACCAUGUGGGUUCUUUGUCAGAGAAAUUAGCAGCAGUCGUCAGUAACCUAAAUACUGGGCAAGUGUUACAUGUGGUACAGGCUCUUUACCCAUUCAGCUCGUCCAAUGAUGAAGAACUUAAUUUUGAGAAAGGCGAUGUAAUGGAUGUUAUUGAAAAACCUGAAAAUGACCCUGAGUGGUGGAAAUGCAGGAAGAUCAAUGGAAUGGUUGGUCUGGUGCCGAAAAACUAUGUUACCAUUAUGCAGAAUAAUCCAUUAACCUCAGGUUUGGAACCAUCGCCUCCACAGUGUGAUUACAUUAGGCCUUCACUCACUGGAAAGUUUGCUGGCAAUCCAUGGUAUUAUGGGAAAGUCACCAGGCACCAAGCAGAAAUGGCAUUAAAUGAAAGAGGGCAUGAAGGUGAUUUCCUCAUUCGUGAUAGUGAAUCUUCGCCAAAUGAUUUUUCAGUAUCACUAAAAGCACAAGGGAAAAACAAGCAUUUUAAAGUCCAACUAAAAGAGACUGUCUACUGCAUUGGGCAGCGUAAAUUCAGCACCAUGGAAGAACUUGUAGAACAUUACAAAAAGGCACCAAUUUUUACAAGUGAACAAGGAGAAAAAUUGUAUCUUAUCAAGCAUUUAUCAUGAUACUGCUGACCAGAAGUGACUGCUAUACAGUUGUAAUUCGUCAUGUGAAGACUGAGAAAAUAUCAGUCCAGUCAUGCUUGAUUGGAAAUUGCUGUUUCUAACUCUAUAUGAAAAUUGACUAUAAUACAUAAGUAUUUUUAUUAUAACUCAGUUCAUACAUAUAUACUACAUAUGCCAAACAUCUGCAUAGAGCAAUUCCUUAUCCUUGGUCUUCUGUUUUAUUUUUUUUUUUUGCUCUUUUUCUCUUCGCUUCUAAUAUUAAGGUUUUAUAUUUUGAAAAAAUGAUGCAAAUCGAAAGUCUUUAUAUGGAAGAAUUUCUUUAUUGCCUUUCCUUUAUUUCCUUGUAAGGGCACCACCUUAGUUACUUCUGCAAUGGUUCUCUUCAUAUAAAAUUAUUAUAUCAAUUAUAUCAAUAUAUGGCAUAUGCUAAAAUAAAUUUCUUGGAGAGUUGUUAAUCUUUUCUGUGACUAAAUAGCAAUAAUAAAUGGAAAAUUAGAAAUUAU